CCAAAAAGGCGGCGGAGUGUAACGGGGUUUAUGGUUGGUCUAGAACUCACCGAAAGAGACCGCGGCUGCGAAAGAACUCACCGCGAAGCAACAAAGCGGAAGACAAAUCGACGGGUACGAGAAGCAGACGUCGCUCCAGAUGGAUUCCGUUCCAUUCUUCCACCCAGCAUAGCAGAAGUCGUCUUCGAUUUCGUCGCGGAGGGCUUCGUCCACCGGAGUAUUCUCUGGUCGGGAGGCGUCGGUCUACUCCUCCGCGCCCUCUGCUGGUGCUGGACUGCCGUGGGGUGAAGAUCCAUCCGGGCUUGGAUCGAAAUCUUCUUUAAUUUGUUGGCGAAAAUGAGUGACAACCUGAUGGACAAGGUUAGCGCCCUCGGUGAGCGCCUGAAGAUCACCGGGACGGAGGUCAGCAAGAAGAUGACGGCUGGCAUGAGCUCCAUGAGCUUCAAGAUGAAGGAGUUGUUCCAGGGCCAGACCCCCGCGGACAAGAUUGUCGAGGACGCCACCUCGGAAAACCUGGAUGGGCCUGACUGGAACUCAAACUUGGAGAUUUGCGACUUGAUCAACACGGAGAAGGUUAACAGUGUGGAGCUCAUCCGUGGGAUCAAGAAGCGAAUCAUGCUGAAGGAGGCUAGGGUCCAUUACCUCGCGCUGGUUCUUCUCGAGACAAUUGUGAAGAACUGUGAGAAGGCCUUCUCAGAGGUUGCGGCUGAGCGGGUUCUUGAUGAGAUGGUCAGGUUGAUUGAUGACCCUCAAACGGUGGUGAAUAACAGGAACAAGGCCCUUACGCUGAUUGAAGCAUGGGGGGAGUCUGGUGAUGAGCUCCGCUAUUUGCCAGUCUAUGAAGAAACCUACAAGAGCCUGAAAUCAAGAGGAGUGCGGUUUCCUGGACGUGAUAAUGAGAGCUUGGCCCCCAUAUUUACUCCACCACGAUCAGUUGCUGAAGCUGAAGUUGAUGCAAGCUUGCCCCAGCAGGCAUUCGAAGAUUUGCAUGUGCAUACAUAUACUGCCGAAGAAACAAAAGAAGCUUUUGAUGUAGCUCGUAACAGCAUAGAACUUCUUUCAACUGUUCUUUCCUCUUCUCCUCAGCAGGAUGCUUUGCAGGAUGACUUGACAGCCACUCUUGUGCAACAAUGCUGCCAAUCUCAGCACACUAUUCAGAGAAUCAUUGAGACGGUUGGAGACAAUGAAGCUGUGCUCUUUGAGGCCUUGAGUGUGAACGAUGAGAUCCAGAAGGUGCUAACCAAAUACGAAGAGAUGAACAAACCCAUGGCCUCAGAGCACUCGGAACAACGGCCAGUAGUCAUACCGAUUGCCCCAGAACAUGAAAAUUCCACUGCUGUUGGCAAUGAAGAUGGCCUGGUCAGAAAACCAGCUGCUGCUAGAACAAGGUCAGGUGGAGAUGAUGAUAUCCUUGAUGAUCUCGACGAGAUGAUAUUUGGCAAGAAGGGAGGAAGCAGCUCACAGGAAGGGACAAAAAAGCAGGAUCCGAAGAAAGAUGACUUGAUUAGCUUUUGAAUACCUUCCCAUAAUCCCAGCCGGUAGUUGCUGCUUUAUGUGCUGAAUAGUAUCUGUAUUCAGCCGGUAGAAGAUUGCACAUUCAUUAGGAUUCGUAUCGCUUGUUUAUUCGAAUACGAUCGUACCUGUGGCUGUGCCCCCUUACAGUUUGUUCAGUUGUUAAGUUGCUACACUUUAUCAUCUUCUGGUUUCAUGGAUGAAUGCCAUGGAUGUAUUGGAUGGUGAAUUAUGCCUCGAUGGAAGAAAUAUGUUCAGUGGGUUAAA